AUGGGGCUUCUCAACACAAAGCCGUGCUCACUGAUUCCCGCCAAGGAGGCGUUUGAGCGCGAAAAGAAGAUCUAUGGCAAAGCGAUCUUGUCGUUCGAUGGAGUCAAUGGGUACGACGUGUACAACUGCUCUAUCCCCUUCACCUACGAUGGCAAAACAUACAUCUUUGGCCGUGUGGAGAAGAAGGAUGAGUGGGUUCACUCAAACAGCAUACUGUUCGAAAAAGUAGGUGAGAACCGAUACCGGCGGCACCCAGCAUCCAUCACGUACAACUUGGAAGAUCCGUUUGUAGUGAAGAUUCACGGUGAAAUGGUCUUUGGCGGCACCCAUGUCACGAAGAACGGCGGCAAGGUGUCCGAUUACCGGUGCGAAUUCUACCACGGGACACCCUUCAAUCUCAAGUACUUCUCUUCUGGUCCUUCAAAAAUGAAAGACAUUCGUCUCGUUGAGCUGGCUGACGGCAAGAUCGGCAUCUUCACACAUUUUCGCACAGAGGGUUCAUGCCUGACCGGCUUUACUACUAUCGAUAAGGUAGAGGACCUUACCGUGGAGGUGAUCAACUCAGCAAAAUUGAUCAACCACCGCCCAUUUGGAGACGCCUGGGGAGGCCCGAGCCAGGUGUACUUGCUCUCAUCCGGCUUACUGGGAUGCAUAUCUCAUCACGGUUACCUCCUCGAUCAGAAGGAUGGGAUUCAGCUCCGCAUUUACGCUUGCACAUCCUUUGUGUUCGACCCUGCAACCUACGAGGUGUACAACUUCAAAAUCAUCGGAACCAAAGGGUGCUUCCCACCGUGCGAACCAAAACUACCGCACUUGGCCGAUUGCGCCUUCGUGUCUGGUAUCGAAAUGCGCAAUGAUGGCAAGUGCAACCUGUACAGCGGCAUUGGGGACGUUGCCGAGGGGUACAUAGUUAUCGACUACCCUUUUGAAGGAUACGGCAAGAUCGUAAGCGAUGUCGCCUUCUGA